UUUUUUUCCCUCUUUCAUUUUCACCGGGAGAGGAAGUUACUCCGUAGGAGAGUCAAUCGCCUGGAGGAACGGGCUGAUGGCCUCCGUUGCAGUUGCCGGGGAAUCGGGGCUUCCUGACAACACCUCAUGCAUCCUUCGAAUUGGAAGAGCCUUGUUGUAUGGAUUCAUCAAGACUCUCUGCCAGCAAUAUGCAGCUUGCCCUCACCAUGCGGCCUCCCUGGAGCAAGUGGAGCAAGUGAAUGGGGAAGAUGUGCCAGAUUCUGCCCAGGUGUAUUCAUUGCAAGAGCACAUGCUCCACAUAUUGCAGGAACUCAGAAACAACGAGGAAAUCACCAGAAUGGCAGAAAGCAUCAUCAGUGAAAAUCCACUCCAGACCCUGGCCGAAGUAUCAGAGGAGAUGUUUGCUACUGAAGUCAACUGGGGUCGGAUUGUUGUCUUCUUCUACUUUACGUACAAAGUUAUCAUCCAGUCUGCUGCCAGUUUCUUCAAGGCCGUGAUGGACUGGGCCAUGAACUUCUUAAGGGAUCGGCUGGCUGCCUGGAUCCAGCAGCAGGGAGGUUGGAAUGUUCUGCUAAAUUUUUUCCCGUCGUCAGAAUAGAAAUCUGGAGAGACGGGGGCCGCAGAUUUGAAAAGACAAAUGUGCAUUUCUCAUCUUUGCUGUGUGGAGGGCUAAGAAGAGUACUGAUUCCUCUUGGGAGGAUUUCACCCUGACCAAAAAUAAUAAUGAAGUGAAACUCUU